AUGGUUACUACUCCUACAAAACAUCCUUCUUCUAAUGUUACGUCUCUUCCAUUUCCAUCUCCUAAACCUCCACCAGAGUACCCUGAUUUGUAUGGAAAGCGCCGCGAAAUGGCUCGAGUUCAAAUGCUUGAAAGAGAGAUUAGUUUUCUUGAGGAAGAGUUAAAAUCUUCUGAAGAUUUUCAACCAUCUUCAAAAUGCUGCAAAGAGAUUGCUGAUUUUGUGACAGAAAAUUCAGAUCCUCUCUUACCAAUGAGGAAGAAGAACCGCAAGUCGUGUUGCUUAUGGAAGUUGCUUCGUCGAAUGCGGUGUUCGAAAUUGUCAUGGUUCUGUUGUUGGUGUUGCGAUUGCUUCUCCGGUUGUUGCAACCGCAACCGCAAACAAAACAAAUGCAAAUGUAGUAGCUGUCUUCCAUCCAUCAAUUUCUCCUUAACAAAUUGGUGUUAUUGCUGUGAUAAAAAGUCACAUUGUUGUAAACAUUUAUGUGGUUGCAACAAUUGUUGUUGUAUUCUACCAGGUUGCAAUUUUAGGUGGCCUUUUUCUUGUUGUUUUUGCAAAUGCUCAUGCUCUUGCACUUGUCCUAGUUUUCCAAAAGUUCCAUCAUGUUGCGGUUGUACAAAAUGUUAA